AGCGCAUACCUUUGCCUGGCAGCGUCAGUGGCGACCUCCCUCGAGCGGCUACACCAAGACUUGGCAAGAUGAUGGCGGCGUCAAUCUCCUGCUUUGUCGCCAAGCCGGCGCUUGCCCGCGCUGGGGCCACCAAGACUGGUCCGCGCAGGGCCCGCGUGCUGCCCGCCGCGAACCCCCGCAGCAACGUGGUUGACGGCGAGAGUGCUGUGGAGUCGGGCGAGUGGGAGGCGGUGGAGUCGCUGGGCAGCCAGGACGAUGUGCUGGCCUGGUACAACCACCAGCACGAGACCCGCAACACCCGGCUGCAUGACGUGAUGCAGACCAACCUUGUGGUGACCAGCCCCGGGGCGAGCCUGGCCGAGGUGACGGCGCUGCUCGACGGCCCACCCUCCAUUGAGGGGAUGCCCGUGGUGGAUGGCGACAACAAGCUGGUGGGCGUGGUGUCGCGCAAGGAUCUGGCCAAGGGCGGGGCCCUGGUGCAGGACAUCAUGUCGUCCACACCCGUCUCCCUCAAGGCCUCUGGCAAGGUGGCGGAUGCUGCCGAGAUCAUGAUCAAGCACAAGUUCCACCGCGUGCCGGUGGUGGACGACGACAACACGUGCGUGGGCAUCGUCACCCGCUCCGACAUCUUCUGGGCACUGACCCAGACUGACCAGGAGGGCGACACGCUGCUGACUGAGCACGGCCUGGAUGUGUGAGCGAGCGCGUGCCUCAACCUGGGCAUGCAUGCCGUUGCGGCGGUUUGUGCCCCGCCACGUGUGCGGCCCCACAAGCCCCGAUGAUUGCGCCAUUUCUUCGUGCCCAAGCGUGGCACCACAUUUUUUUCAGAGCAAUGGAACAUGGCCCGCCGGCUGGCGUCGGGCUGGCGCCGACAGCCGAGCAAAGUGGGUGGGGCGUUUCUUUAUAUAAUCUCAUGAAAACUGAUGCAUCAUGCGAUCUUCUUCGCUAUUUUCACCAGCUGCCCAUUGGUUUGCGAUUUCGAGCCUGCAAACAACGCACGACGAGAAGACUGCCCGAUUCAACCUGGCCAGUAUCAUGGACCUGUGCCAUUUUUUUCCUGUAACACCACUGAGGCGC